UGGAGAGAACGUGAUUUUACGUCAUUUCUACGCGACGCCAUGCGUAUGUUUUGGAGCUGUCAUAGCGUUUUCGUGUUAUGGUUCAUUUUAAAAACGAGAUGUUUUACAUUGGAUUUUAAAUUGGUUACCGGCGGAUGAACGGUGUAAUCAUGAAGAGUUUACACGCGAUGGUGCACGAGGCUGCUGUUAAUCACGGCUCUAAUCGUGCUGCUGUUUUCGACACCGGCGCGUCUCCUGCUCUUCACCUGACAUAUGAUGAACUCGUAGCUCUGGGAAACGAGCUGUGCACAAAUCUGCAAGGAACAGAAGGGAAGAAUGAAAAGGUUUUCGGUGUGUUCUGUGAUGUGAACAUCUUCCUUCCGGUCUGGAUCUUUGGUGUCCUGCAGGUGCCUGCUGCUUAUGUCCCCCUGGACCCGCUCUCACCACCUCUGCUUACCUUGAGAAUAAUGGACAGAUGUCAUUUGAAGUUCUGCUUGAUACAGAGCACUUUGCUGCAGCAAUUUCAGAGUGCCUUUUCCAGUCUACUGUCAGUCGAAGUGUUUGAAGUCUGGUCAACGCUUAAGCUUACGUUAGUAAAGCUUCACAAAAAUCCACCAACACUGCCUGUAGCAAGCGAAAGUCGGCCAACGGAAGAUAAUCUGCCAUUAAAUACCGAGCAGGAGGAAAAGCAGGGUCUCAGUGCUGAUGAUCGUGAAAAGAAAGAGCAGGCGGAAGAGUUGGCGUAUGUUCUGCACACAUCUGGAACAACUGGGCUUCCUAAAAUAGUAAAGGUUCCUCACAAGUGUAUUGUGCCUAACAUAGUACAUCUCGGCUCUUUAUUUCAGAUGACCUCGGAUGAUGUCGUGUUCCUCGCUUCACCUUUAACCUUCGACCCUUCGGUGGUGGAGAUGUUCUUGGCCCUGGCUUCUGGAGCUUGUCUUCUGAUGGUUCCCUCCGUUGUGAGAAGGAUGCCUGCGCGACUAGCUAAUGUGUUGUUCAGACGAAACGCCACCACUGUUUUCCAGGCCACUCCGACUCUAAUGAGGCGCUUUGGGGGACGUGUCCUGCAGGAGGAGAUACUCAGUGCAGGCUCCUCGUUGAGGGUGUUGGCUUUGGGGGGAGAGGUUUGUCCAUCGCUAUUCCUCCUCAACAGCUGGAGACAAGCAGGCAACAAGACGCAUAUUUUUAAUCUCUACGGCACCACAGAGGUUUCCUGUUGGGCUUGUUACUACAAACUGCCAGACGAUCUCACAGUCUCCUCAAACCACACGGACGGUGAAUCUGUGCCUCUGGGGGAAGCGCUUAUGGACACUGCUGUGGAAGUGAGAGACGAGAAUGGACGUCUGGUCACUGAAGGAGAGGGACAAGUCUUUAUAGGCGGUCAGGAGCGGGUAUGCUUGCUAGACGAUGAGACUGCUACCGAAGGAGUGAUGCGUGCUACAGGAGACUGGGUGAUGGUGCAGAAUUCGCACCUCUUUUACUUGGGUAGGAAGGACCGACUGGUCAAACGUCAUGGUCAGGUGCUACAUUUGGAUGCUUUACAGCAGGCCAUGGAAAGCCUGCCUCAGGUAGAAGCUGGUGUGGUCGGACUACACAAGAGUAGCAGAUUGGUGGCUUUUGUGGUGCCCAAAAUUGACACAAGAACCAGGUCAUCUGAACAGAGCAGCAACCAAGAACAGCACAUGGACAAUGAAAACAUGCGUGUUGAGACGGAAGUGCGUCGAGGGCUGUCGCAACUUGUGCUCAAUCACAGCAUUCCAGAUACCGUAUUACUGAUCCCUGCUUUGCCGCUAACUAAUCACGGUAAAGUGGCCAUGGAGAAGCUGAUGAGGAUGUAUGAGAGACAGAAAGAGGUUAAUGGGAAGCACAACAAAACAAGAGACAUGGAAACUAUGAGAGAAAGACUUCAAGCACUAUGGAAGGAAUGUCUAGGACUUUGUGAUGACGAGGUUGUCACAGACGAUGCACACUUCAUGUUAAGCGGCGGGGAUUCUCUCCAAGCCCUGCGCCUCUUGGAUUACAUCACGGUUUCCAUGGAAACCUCUUCUGUAGGUCUGCUGGAGGUCAUCCUAGAUGGCUCUUUUUCAGAUGUCCUGAAACACAUCACCGCAACCCACCAAAAUCCUAUGAAGACAUCAGGCAAGAGACUGUCUGAAGAUUCUGCAUCUGUUGUUUUGAAUAAGAGGAGAUUUCACACAGAAGCUGAGACGAACUUUGGUCCUGAGGGGAUUUUGCCACCGGAGACGUCCUCAGAGAGCAGCAGGAAGAGAUUUGUAGUUGUUCGUAGAGCUGGAGUUGUAUCUUGGGAUUACUUUCCAAACAGAAAUCCAAAAGGACUGAGUGUCAGCAUGGACAGGAUACAAGAGGAGUAUCCGAGUGCUGAUCUCAGCCCUUUAUCUAUUAACAAAUCAAGUCUUGUAGCCACGAGCAGUUGUUCUGUAAGAUCUACGGACAUUUACGUUACACCAUCAUGGGAUGGACAAAGCAGUGGUGUUACUUCACAAGCAGGCAUUAGAAAAGACAAUCAAAUUUUGGGCCUGCGGAUGUGUUGGAGUUCUGACACGGGCAGAUGUGUGGACGCUUCACCAGCGCUACUGGUUGGUCCUGAGCGAGCCACUGUGUUUAUCGGCUCUCACUCACACAGACUGCAGGCUCUGGACCUCAGCAGUGGAGCGGUGGUGUGGGAGCGUGUGUUAGGGGACAGACUGGAGUCUUCUGCUGCUGUCUCAAAAUGUGGGACCCUGGUGGCAGUAGGGUGUUAUGAUGGACAGGUGUAUUUUCUGAGCACGGACUCGGGAGAGACACAUUGGGUGUUUAAGACGGGAGACGCAGUGAAAAGUUCCCCUGCUGUAGACCCUCAUACCGGCCUGAUUAUCAUCGGUUCCCAUGAUGGACAUGUCUACGCGUUAGAACCUCUGAUGAAGCAGUGUGUGUGGAAGCACUAUUGUGGCGGUGGUGCGGUGUUUUCUUCCCCCUGUGUCCACUCCUCACCCAGACGGCUAUACUCGGCCACACUAAGAGGACAGCUCCAUUGCCUCAAUCCGGACAAUGGUACAGUCUUGUGGACAUAUUCCACCGAUGUUCCAUUUUUCUCCUCUCCUUCGUGUUCUGACUCCUGCGUCUGCGUGGGUUCAGUGAACGGACGCAUCAUUGCAUUAAGCCAUGAUGGAAAUGUGUUAUGGGAUUUUCUGACCGAUGGACCCGUCUUCUCAUCGCCAUGCCUAACCUCACCGCCACCUUUAAUCAACCAGAGAAUCGAUGACGUUUGCACGACAUUAUCACCGUCUUGUUCAGCUGUUUUUUGUGGGUCGCACGAUUCCUCUGUAUACUGCAUCAACUCUGCUAACGGGUCGCUACUAUGGCGAUUCCAAACCUCAGGCAAGGUGUAUUCCAGUCCGUUUGUUUUCGACGGAUCUCCUUGGGGCUUGAGAACCCUGGUAGCCGCGGCUUCGACUGACGGAACCUUGUGGGUACUAGAUGGGGAACAGGGAACACGGAAAGCCUCUUUCGUUUUACCUGGAGAACUCUUUUCUUCUCCUGUCAUGUGGGGUCAUGCUUUAGUCGUGGGAUGUCGGAAUGAUUACGUGUACUGCUUGGAACUGACUAGCAGGAUAGAAUAAGUCCUAGACUACGCUUCUCUCAAGUGUAAAAUGUUUUACAGAUGAAAUGUGUAAAUGGCUGUAAUAUAAUGUACGUAUAAAACUCUAUAAAUAAAAUUGUACAAAUGUCCGUA